AAAUAUCAUUACAUGUAAUACUAAUUCUUAGAAUCAGAUGAAUUGUUCACAAGAGUCAAAACUCUUACCAACGUAGCCAAAUAGGCAGCAGCAGCAGCUCAAAAAUAAGCCAAGAAAACAGAAAAACUCAUUGGAGAAAUUGAGAAACCAAUCAAUGUACCAUCCUUGCCUGCUGGAUUCAAAGUACUCCCAAACUCAUCUAUUAAAUUAGGUAGAUGUGCCAUAAUUCGAUGUGACCAAGAGAUUGAAUAAGCUUCCACGUUCUUGGGAUUUGCCAUAAGAAUUGUACAAGAAGCAUCUACCAAAAUAUAAUGUAGGAACAAUAUAUAGAAUCUAAGAAUUGUUAAAUGCUGGUGAAGGGUAAGUAUCAUAGUUAAUUAUUAUUCAGAUAUAUAGGUUAGACUGUGACAGUAGCAGGUUGGGCAAGAACAGUGAGAGAUUAGAAGAAUCUUUGUUUCAUUGAGUUGAAUGACGGAACAAGUUUUGGUGGUCUCUAGAUAGUCGUUGAAGAUAAGAUCGGCAAUUUUGAACAAGUUGCUAAAACCAAUACAGGUUUUUCACUCAAAGUGACAGGAAACAUUGUAAAGAGUCCUGCCAAGGGAUAAUUGAUAGAAAUGCUUGUUGCUGACCCUACAAAACAUGAAGUUGUCAUUAUUGGAUAAGCUGAUCCUGAGGAAUAUCCUAUGGCAAAGGGAGUUUAGAAACCAGAGACUCUAAGACAAAAAGCUCACUUGAGACCAAGAGGCAAUUUCUUUAGUGCUGUCACCAGAAUCAGAAAUAAUUUGGCCUAUGCCACCCAUGUGUUUUUCUAAAACAAUGGAUGCUUGUACAUCCACACACCAAUAAUUACAGGAAGUGAUUGCGAAGGUGCUGGAGAAAUGUUCAGGAUUUCUACUAUCUUCGAUAACGAUAUCUCGAAGAUCCCUUAAAUAAAAGGCAAAGUAGAUACCGCUUAGGAUUUCUUCAAGAAGGAAGUGAACCUUACAGUUUCUGGUUAAUUAUAAGUGGAAGUAAAAUGAUGACUUAAUUAUGUUAGCAUUUCUGCAUCAGUAUGUCCAAUGUAUAUACAUUUGGUCCCACCUUCAGAGCAGAGAAGGCUCAUACUCAUAGACACUUAGCCGAGUUUUGGAUGAUUGAGCCAGAAUUUGCAUUUGCUGAUCUAUUUGACAACAUGGAAGCUGCAGAAGGAUAUGUUAAGUUCUGUAUCAAUUACAUAUUGUAAAACAAUAUUGAUGAUCUUCAAUUCUUGGACAAAAGAGUCAAGCCUGGAUUGAUAGACUAUCUUAAAGACAUUGUGAGUAAGGAUUUCGUUCGUUGUUCCUACACUCAAGGAAUUGAUAUUUUAUUGAAGGCAUAAUAAGCUGGAGCCAAAUUUGAGAACAGUGAAAUCAAGUGGGGCAUGGAUUUGAAUAGUGAACAUGAGAGAUUCAUAGCAGAAAAAGUAUUCUAGAGACCAGUCUUCCUUUAUGAUUAUCCAAAAGAAAUUAAGGCAUUUUACAUGAAGGUGACUGACGGUAUAUUAGACCACCAUAAUUAGAUGGAAAAUGCGUUAGAGCCAUGGAUAUGCUCAUUCCUUAAGUAGGUGAAUUGAUUGGUGGAUCUUAGAGAGAGGAAAGAUAUGAUGUGUUGGCUCAGAGAAUAAAGGAAUGUGGAUUGAAAUUGGAAGAUUAUGGACCCUACAUGGAUUUAAGAAAGUAAUGGAGUUAUUCUAUCAUUUAGAUACGGUACAGUUCCUCAUUGUGGUUUUGGAUUAGGAUUCGAAAGACUCGUAAUGAUGGUCACAGGUGUUGAGAACAUCAGAGAUGUGAUUCCCUUCCCAAGAUAUCAUGGUAGUGCUGAAUUCUGAGUUGAAGUAUAUUAUAUGGAAACAAAAAGUUU